GCAUUUGUUUUUUACCAGCGUAAUAAUGAUUGUAGCAAUAGUCCUGUUUAUUUUCAGACUGAGAAUGAACGUAUCACUGACUGCGGGGAAAAAAUCUUUGUACCAUUUUGGCCCUCGAGAACUCUGUGCAUUGUAAUCCUUGAUGGUGUGGAGAGACCUCAGAGUAUAAGCAACCGGACUGCAGGUGAAUUUGCGGCAGCAGGUUUUGGGGGUCUGAGUGUCUGAGCUCGUUGAUUUUGCUCCCAAGGAGCAAGGGAGAACAAGGAAGGUGUAAUUAUGCCGUCCACUCUCUCUUGUUCCCGUCUCUGGACAAUUAGCCAGCAGUGUACGAGGCCACCCCGUGUUUCUGCUCUGUCCUUCGGCCACGGGCAUGGAAUUCAAGAGCUGGGUUUGGGCAGGAAGAGAUCGAAUGUUUGCAUUCAGUACGAGAGGCAGAAGACGAAUUCAGCUCAAGUGUGUCGAAGUCAGGCGCCUGAGUCGUCUGGGGCCACUGCCUCGCCUGGCGACGAGGAUGAACCAGAAGUGAUUGGGCUCAACAAGGAAGCUCUCGAGGAAUUUGCUGAAUUGAAUCUCGGGGCGUGGUCUGGGCAAUUUCUGCAAUUCGAUGCGAGUGGAACGAUACUCCAGCGCAUACCCACUGUACUAAGGGCAAACACCUACGGCAAGGGAACAGAUGUUGCUCUCCUUCAAACUCUGAAUAUUAAACAACCAAGGGCGCAAACCAGAACCUUGGGAGAAUCGGAGGAGCCCAUGUGGGCUGAUUAUAAAUUAGACGAGACAAAUCUCUUCACUGUAGAACGGCGGCAGCAGAUCGGAUACUUUCCUGGUGAAAAAGCGUACUGUCUGAUUCAUCAAACUGCAGAAAUGUUGGAGAAAGUUUUGAGAGCGGGUGUUCUGGGGGAUGAUGAUGACGAGGAUGAGGAAUAUCCAUUAGGUAUAAAACUUCCAUCUCGCAGACCUGCUCUCGUUAGCGAGAGCUGCCUUUACUCUGAGGACGGACUUCGUCGAGUUCGAGCUUUUCACGUGCUGGAUCCACGAGGUCUGCUCGAUGUGAUCGCUUGUUUUGUGGAAAAAAAGGUGGACGGGACUUUUCUAGAGGAGAAUGAUCUCCUUCAGGAUGAUGUGACAGACAGAGUAGAGGCUUUGUUGGGAAGGUGGGAAGGGCACGCAGUUACGAGAAGAACCGGAAUGUAUGGAGCAACGAUUGCUGAAGGCGACGUAACUGUCUCUUACGAUAAAAUGGAAGAUGGAAGGGUCACACAGGAAUUUACUUCAACAAGCGGUAAAGGAUUGAAGAUUAAGUUGACAGGCACGUUAAAAGGGUCCGUGUUUGCAUUUGAUGGUGGGCUUCAAACAGUUUUGCUACCAGGAGGCAUCUCAAUCACAUCACCCAUUAGUGUAGGCCGAAGUGUAGGCAGAUCGCAAUCCUUCUACUUCGAGUUUUCCUGGAUGGAAUCCCCUGGAAAACGUCGUCGCUUACUUAGAACACAUGAUACUGACGGCUUAGUAGUGUCGACUACUUUGACUACCGAGAGGAAGGUAUGAUGUUUAGCAGCUCAUCCUAUAUCAUGUCCUUCACAUUCUUUCAUUAUAAAUUCGGUUUGAAUUUGGCAAGCACCUG